AGACUGGGACUGGGACCGCACUUCUUCCUCUGUCUUGCCGCCUUCUGUUUUUCAGCUGCGGGCCAAUUCCCCGCCCCACCACCACCAUCACCAUCACCUCGGCCCCUCGCUUGGCUCCCGGCUUUCAGAGACCAACAGCUUGCUCUCGGGGCCGCCCAGUCGCAGCAGCCGCCGGGUACACCCGCCCUUCGGCUGGGCGUUCCCGGGCUCCUGCAGCUCCGUGGCCUUUUGCUUCUGAUUGGCUGUUGCUAGGUGACGUCGCCUGCGCUCACGUGACAAGUGUUAAAUGCCCACCCUGCUGGAGCCCGCCGGGCAGACAAUCGUAAAGCCGUUCUGGUCUCACCUGCUCCCGCCUCCCGGAGCCUGGCCCCGGCCCCACCACCUCUGCCCCCUCCACCGCCCGUCCCCCGCCCGAGCCCGCACUGGGCUAGGAGCUGAGCAGGCCGAGAGGCCGAGAGAGGAUGUGUCCAGCGGCAGCUGCCCGGAGCAGCGCACGGUGAUCGCCUCCCUCGGAGGAGGAGGCGCCUAGACGCUUGCCUCAUUUCUUGCUUCCCCCCUUCCCCACGCCCCCGUAAUUACAUUGGCUGCUGGAGGGAACCGAGAGAGACGGAGGAGGCACCUCGCUUCCCCUGGGCGCCCGCCACCCCUGCUCUUUCCCGUCCCGGGCCAGGAUGACUGGAGUCUUUGACAGUCUAGUGGCUGAUAUGCACUCGACCCAGAUCACGGCCUCCAGCUCAUACCAUCAGCAUCCGCAGCCCCCGAGCAGUGGCGGCGCGGGUCCUGGCAGCAGCAACAGCAGCAGCAGCAGCCUCCACAAGCCCCAGGAGUCGCCCACCCUACCGGUGUCCACAGCUACCGACAGCAGCUACUACACCAACCAGCAGCACCCAGCAGGCGGUGGCGGUGGGGGUUCGCCCUACGCGCACAUGGGCUCCUACCAGUACCACGCCAGCGGCCUCAACAAUGUCCCUUAUUCUGCCAAGAGCAGCUACGACCUGGGCUAUACCGCCGCCUACACCUACGCGCCCUAUGGGACCAGUUCAUCCCCAGCCAACAACGAGCCUGAGAAGGAGGACCUCGAGCCUGAAAUCCGGAUAGUGAACGGCAAGCCAAAGAAAGUUCGGAAACCCCGCACCAUCUACUCCAGUUUCCAGCUGGCAGCUCUCCAGCGGCGUUUCCAAAAGACUCAAUACCUGGCAUUGCCCGAGAGAGCCGAGCUGGCGGCGUCUCUGGGGCUCACCCAGACUCAGGUCAAAAUCUGGUUCCAGAACCGCCGGUCCAAGUUCAAGAAGAUGUGGAAAAGCGGUGAGAUACCCUCGGAGCAGCACCCUGGAGCCAGCGCUUCGCCACCUUGUGCUUCGCCGCCGGUCUCUGCGCCGGCCUCCUGGGACUUCGGUGUGCCGCAACGGAUGGGGGGCGGCGGCGGUCCAGGCAGCGGCGGCAGCGGCGCAGGCAGCUCGGGGUCCAGUCCGAGCAGCGCGGCCUCGGCUUUUCUGGGCAACUACCCAUGGUACCACCAGGCCUCCGGCUCCACCUCACACCUGCAGGGCACAGCGCCGCUGCUGCACCCCACCCAGACCCCGCAGCCACAUCACCACCACCACCAUCAUGGCGGCGGGGGCGCCCCGGUGAGCGCGGGGACGAUUUUCUAACCCCAGGGAGAACGUGCCAGAGACUGAGAGAGCAGAGAACAGUUAUCCUCGGCGCUCACCCCCCAACCGAAGUUCCCUCCUACUGGCGCGCAGCCGCCACCCACUCCUCCGGGAGGUUGCGACCUGAGAUGGCCCGCCCCAAGCUCCGCUCCUGCGCGCAGUCACGGAGCCGCCGGGAAUUGGAAGGCGUCGCCUAGAUCCCUGGGCUCCUCUCGGAGGAACCGGACAGCGGCGUAGCGAAGGCCUCCUCCCCACGGCUGCAUUUUCGACCUGAGCCCCGGGUCUCGGCCAUUUCGAGCCAACCUCAAACUUGCCUCCCCUCCAUUCCCCUCUGUGCGGGCCGGUCCGGCGCCUUCCUCGCCCGCGGCCAAGAGCUGAGUCCGGGAGAGGGAUGACUCCUCCUCCCGCUAUCCUUCCCGGGAGUUCUGAGGCUCCUUUCUCCUCCACCGCCCCGGGGCUCAACUCUAAUCCGCUUGGGUUGUUGACCUCGGGGGUCCUGCCUGCCCGCCCUCCCUCCUGUGCCCCCUUGACCCCGGCGGACCCGCGGAGCUCUACAGCCUCGCUCUUCCCAGCCCUCCGAGACCCCUCCUCUAGGCGCGCUCCUGUAGCUCUCUCCUUAUCCCACACCAGUGGAGUUUUUUUAGUUUUAUUUUUUUAAAAGUUUAGGUGCCUUUGCGGAUGACCUCAUUUUGAUGUUGAAAAAAUGAUUUUUUAAUAUGUGAACACUGCAAAAAAUGUGUUUAAAUUAUCUUUUUUAAAACCUAUUCAGGAUUAUUAGCCUGGACUUGGACACAAUUUGUAAAUAAAGGGUUCUGUGCAGAUUUCCCCCAUUGAUUUAUUUGUAUAAAAAUACUCAUCUUUUUGUAACCCCCCAGUUGUGAAAACUGCGGUUUAGCAGUGACCUCAGCAACCUCUCCGUUUUAUUUUUCCCUUUUAAAAAUUUUCUGUUAAAUUAAGCUACUGAUUUGGAUUUGUUUUGUCUUAUCCUAAAGUCUUUGUUGUUGAAAUGAAAGGUAUUUUGGGGUUAUUUAUUAUGAAAACAAUGUGCUCUUAAUGUUGAUUUUACAAUAUGAAGAGAUUAUUUAAAUAAAUUAUUGUUUUC